ACCGCAGAGAGGUAGUAGGUCCCGUGCGAACCGGCCGUUUUUUUCCCGCGCCGGGCGCGAACGAAGCUUCCUGGAAGCUCACUCGGUUGAUCGUCUUCCUUGUCCCGCGUCCUCCUCCCUGCUAUAAACGCGAGCAUCGUCUUCUCCACCCCUCACCUUCCUGCCUCCUUCCUCCUACCUCGAUCCCUCCUCCGAUCCUCUCGUCAAUUCCAUCCCUCGGCUAUCUACAAGCUAAGGUAACACGUACCAUCGCGGUCGCGGCAUCGCCGCCAUGAAGCUUAGCGUGCCGUUCUUCGGCUCCUCCUCCGGCAAGAAGGUGACCAAUAAGAGGACAAGAUCAAAGGACGCCAAGAGCGGCUCCUUCGGCUCCACCACGUCGUCCUCGUCCGACGAGGGCGCGUCCGUCACGACGCCGCGCACCGUCCUGCCGCCGCCGCCGGCGUCCGCGUCCGCGUCGGGGGCCGAGAGAGGAAACCCGGCGGCGGCGCCCCUGACGAGGGAGGACCUGGAGACCGCCCUUAGGCGGGUGGUCUCGAGCGAGGAGGAGCUGGCCGAGAUGCUCGCCGAGGCGGCGGGGUCCGGGGUCCUGCUGGAGGAGAUCGCGGCCGAGGCCCAGGCGGCGGCGGCGGACGAAGGCGAGCUCAGGGACACGUUCGCGGUCUUCGAUGCCGACGGGGACGGCAGGAUCUCGGCCGAGGAGCUCCUCGCCGUGCUCGCCUCGCUCGGCGACGACCGCUGCUCCGUCGAGGACUGCCGCCGCAUGAUCGGCGGCGUCGACGUCGACGGCGACGGCUUCGUGUGCUUCAAUGAGUUCGCGCGCAUGAUGACGCAAGGGGUUUGAUAUGUCGGGGGCGUGUCUACUAGCUUUUUGCAGCUGUGUUCUUUGAUGCCGUCGUCGAUGUCAAUAGUAGUUGUGCAAGGCGAAUCCAAACAAGAGUUAAGCUUUGUUCUUUUAGUCCAGUGAUGAUCACGAAUUGAAUGAACUCUCCGGUCAUAUAAAUAUAGAUCCAAAUGAAAUAUACUUCAUUAGUUUCUUUGGCUUGACGAAUGGAGUGUUUUCAUUGAGCUUAAUUUUAUGCUUAUAUUGAUCAAGGAUCUAAUAAUUGUUUGAA